AUGGGUCGAUGGAGACGCAAAAAUAGAUUUAAGGCAAAGCCCAAAGGCGACAGUGCCACUGGUUUUAAUACGAGCUGGAGCUGGAAAGAACGAGGAGACUUAAUCCGCUAUCUCAAAACAUAUCGUCAACACGCCGAACGCGUUUCCGAUGGAACGUACGAUGCCGAAAGCUUAUCGAUGAAAAAAUCCUUUGUUCGAACUAUCGGGGUAGUAGAAAUGCCGGUACUUGAUCAGCGAAACGUGUCAGCUCCCUAUUUGGCCUUGCCAAGGACGCUAUCCUCAAAGCAGCGGUUGGCUGUCCACGAGAGUUGCGUGGAAGCCAAUCUGUAUCACGUCAGCGUCGGAGAGAAUCGAGACGACCGAUACUUGGUUAUCUCCAUAUACGCCGACGGCUUUGAUCAUUUGCCAAACAUAGAGAAACCGUUGAAAUUUUCGGUUCAUCGCUAUAAGCCAUGGUAUUGUCGAAGUAUGACCUUGGAUAUGGGAGUAGAAUCAACAGUAUCGGAUGUUCAGCAGGAAAUGGCUGUACAAGCACGGGCAGAGCAGCUGGCUCGCCAGUCUAUUCAGAAGCUAAUUGACCAACCUGGAUGCUGUUUGCGCGAUGGCAUCGAUUCGAUGGAUUUCAGAAUCUGGGCGAACAAAGAUCUCUCAGGGGUCGAACCCCCUGCUGUAUGGGACUCUAGCAUGCGAAAGAGCGAAUGGACUCUGGUCGACACACCUUCGAAAAUGAGAGCCUGCAUAAGUGAACUUUCGCAAUCUCCUCCCUUGGCACUUGCUUUUGAUGUUGAGUCAUACAACAAAUCGAAAUACACUCAGCUGACUUGCUUGCUGCAGCUUUCGACCGAUCAUGGUAUGGCGUACGUUAUUGACCCUCUCGCACCUGGUGUUUUUGAAGAAGUCGGGGGACUGGCACCGAUAUUUGCGGAUCCGGACAUUGUCAAGGUUGGACAUUCCAUUGGUGGACUUGAUGUACGGUCUCUCCAUCGCGAUUUCGGAAUCUUUGUCAUCAAUGCUUUCGACACUUACGAAGCCGCGAAAGUCUUGUGUCUAGAAUCGCAUGGGCUCGCUGCAGUUUGCGAACACUACGGCAUGAAAUAUACGGAUCUUUACAAAAGUUUGAAAAACGAAUAUCAGACCUGCGAUUGGAGAGCUCGUCCGCUGACAGGGCCAAUGAUACAGUACGGUAGAUUUGACGUCCACUUUUUGAUUGAGCUGCGAAUGCUUAUGAUUCGUGAUUUGACGAAGACCUACCUGUUUGAAAUAAAGCCGGCGGAGGAAUUACAUGAAUCUCGCAUGGUUGCUGAUACCCUAGCAGCAAUCAAUUCUAUGGCAAUCGUAAAAAUGGAAGAGCAAGGUAUCGGUCCGCCAAGUUCCAAUGCAGCAGAGUCGACUUGUCAUGGUCUUGCCAGUGACGAUUUCAUAGAACCUUUAAACCUAGAAUCGGACCGCAAGAAUGAUAAUUGGUUGGUCGAGGGCAACCACUUUCAGCCGCAAGUUGAUGACGAAACCUCAUUCCCACCUACAUGGAGUAAUCGACCAAGGACAGCUAGCACCGAGAGCAGUAGCUCAAGUGAUGAAAGAAAGUCAUCACUUAGUGAAAUCUCGAACGCGAGCGCCGCUGUACUUCGCUUGCAAGCCUCUCUGAUGAAAGUGCUUUCAUGGAGCCAACUUAGAUGCAAGGAUCUAUGGUCUGAUCGGAAGGAACCUUUUUUGAAACAGAAAGAUUUUCUGUCGCUCCUCCAGCGCGCGCGGCGAAAUGAGGUGCACUUUGGAGAUUCUCAGAUUGCACUGUAUGAAGAACUGGUAGCCUGGCGUGACCGUGUCGCAACGCGUUUAGAAUGCUUAUCUGGGUUUGUCGCCCCUUUGGAGCUACUAGUCGUUAUUUCGUGGCAACGACCGACGUGCGAAGAAAGUUUGCGCCGCAUUACUUACUACUUGCCGGAUGUUUUGGCGGAGCAUGCUGGGCUUGUCCAGGAGAUGCUCUUCUCCGUUCGACGAUCACUCCAGGGCGACGGAUUCGACCCGGAGGCUAGUAAAGUUUAUUGGUAUGCUGGGCAAAACAAGCCGCCAUCUCGGAUUUCAAAGGUGGAGCUUUCACCU